CUCUAUAUAAAAAAGAAGGUGAGUUGACCAAAAAAAACAAAAAAAAACAAAAACAAAGAGAAGGCGCUUGCUAUUAAGACUGAGCAUUUUAUUCAUUAAAUUUUAUUCGAUUUUUUAUUUGUUUCGGUUCGAUCCGAAAAAUUCGGAUAUCCGUAUGCCUCCUGCCUCCGAAGUAAAGUAAAUAUUAAAAAUCAAUAUCCGUCAAAAGCAAAGCAAAUCACAAAUACUAAAAAAAUUAGAGACAGAUAUCCGAUCUGCUCCGCUUAUAUACAAAUAGUUGUAUAUCUAUAACUAAAUAUAGAGUUUUAAAUGCUUAUACAAUUAUAUUUUAACAUAUAAUUUUAUUAAUUUUAUUUAUAAAAUUACUUAUAAAAUAUAAAAUUAAGAGAAAGUAUAAAAUCUUUAACGAAAACUACAAUUUUUGUAAAAAUAUUUGUUUUAUAAGAAUUUUAUAUUAAUUUUUAAAAUUCAUAAAACACAUAGUUUCAUUAAAUUUUAGUUUAUAUUUUGUAUUAUGUAAAUUUUAUUUUAAGAAAAAAACAAAUUUGUGUAAUGUUUGGUAAAUUUACUUGUAUUGUACAAAGUGGAUAAAAUAUCCGUAAACAUACGUGAAUAUCCGCAAAUAUCUAUAAAUUUUCCAAAUAUCCAUAUUUUUUCGAAUCAAUGCAAAUCAGAAAAUCAGAUAUCCGAAUCAUAGAUACUAAAAAAUAUGGUACUAUCCGAUCUGUGCCCACCCCUAAUUGUUAUACUUUUAGACCUUUAGAUAGUUUAUUUGGUCACAUGACUGGAUGCAUAGAGGAUUAGUUACAUUUUACUGCCGAUAGUAGUAAAUUUAGGUAUUGGGAUUAGUGUAAACUGGUUUCAUGUAAUCUAGUUCAAUAAUUAACAAAAACACAUCCAAUUUCUUUGAAUCCUUUGUAAAGUUUUGUGAAUUUUUUCAAAGAUAAAAAAUUAGAAAUACAAAGAUUAUUUUUAAAUAUAUGCUAAAUAUUUUUUUGAUAACUGAUACGCAGGGCCGGCUUAGGCCAUGGGGCAAGGAGGCGUGGGCCCAGGACCCUAACAUUUUUUCAUAAAAAUAAUAUAAAAGAGGAGUCUAAUUUAAAAAUAAUAAUUAGGGAUAGAAGCCCAGAAAUUUUAAAUUGUCCAUAUAUACAUGUAAAAAAAACCUAAAAUUUUUUUUACCUAAGGGCCCAUUAAUAUCUUGAGCGGCCCUGCUGAUACGACUUUAUCUUUAUUUUCUCUUAAAUUGUAGUAGCACAUAUGUAUAUCAUCAGUAGGGACAGAAAAUGACAAUCUUUCAACUCUACUGAAAUAAUUCACGUUCCCAUGAUAAAAAUGUAAACAAGUAUGAACAUAAUCAGGUCAUCUCGAUGAGUCGUGGACCAAAACUCAUAAAUUUCUAUGUCGGAAAGGUUCGUCCCAUCUCUUUCCAAGUGGAAUCAGAACUACAGAAUCCUAGAAAACACAACAUAUGAAGAGUCCUAAAAAGCCUUUCAUUCACUUGGUAGACCAUAUUUGUUGGCAUUGUUGCAUUUGACUUGAUCAUUUUUUGGUGUUUGGACCAAAUAGAUGAGACCUUGUUACGGAGUAUGACUCAUCGAAGAUAUAUAUGGUACUUGCACAACACAAGAUUGUGUGAAGAAAUGUCUAUAUAUCUUUUUAUUUCUUUCUUUUUUGCCAACGUUGUGAAUUUCACAUAAAAUAUGAGAAAGGUUUGUAAACUUUACGAAAAUUUAAAACUAGAUGGGCUCACCUUGGCAAAAAGAAUAAAAUAAUGUGAAGCCCUUAGAGCAUCAUUAUCUCUGAUUUUUUAGGGCGGAGUUUUUAAGAGAAUAUAAAAAUCUGUUUAAUUUUUAACUAAAAAGUUAAGAAACUGUUUCUUAAAGUACUUAGAGCAUGAUCAUUGGGGGGAGAAGAGAGAGAUUCUUAGAGUGAACUUCUUAGCGGAAUAUAAAAAUCUGUUUUUUAAUUUUUUAUUAAAAAAGUUAAGAACCGACUUUUAAAUAAGAACAAUCCCCCGAAUAAUCAUGCUGUUAGAAAACAAGAUGGUUCGUAUCUGUAGAUGUGAUUCAUACAUUAAUUAAUUAUUAAUGCAUGACAAAUCAAACAUUCGGCGUAGAAGAACAAUCAGUGCUUUGUGUAUCUUUGUUUGAGCAGCGCAUAUAAGUUUUGUAGCUUUUGCUAGACAUGGAGAAUUACGAGAACCAAGACUACAUAUAAUAUGCUGAUUAUGAAAGAUCUGGUAGUUUGUGUGUGUUUUCUGUAUGAAGAUUGUGAUCAUGGUUUGUACUCGUAUUCGUAGAAACCACUGGAAUAAGACGAUAUGUACACGUGUGCCAGAGCUAUCUAUAUUGCGGGAUGACACGUAGUUAAAAUUUAUAUCAUUUGAAAACUUACCUUAAAGAUAAUUUAUAUCAGUUUCAUAAUAAUUUCAACUUUAGAAUGAUUAAGUAUCAUCCUUACAGUCAUUUUGCAAUUAAUGUGUUUACACACUAAUUUUCUUAACUCUAUCGCAAAAUAUUUAAUGUAUCACAAACUAGUUUUUUUAAUCAUUUCAUUUUUAGUUUUUGUAUUUUUAACUUUUGUAUUAGUGAAUUGAAGUUCUCUUCAGACAAGUACUGAAUAAUAUCAUUGUUGAAACAAUUAAAUUACAAAUCAUUAAGAUUCACAUCAACUAAAAUACUGGAAUGAGAAUGUUUUUAGAAAUUGAUAGUUUCGUAUAUUGCUGGACUUGGCCAUAGUUGAGGUUUAUGCACACGAAAGCAACAAAUUGGUUAUGAAUUAAGGAAACUGAGGUGUUAAACGCCACACACAAAGUUGAAUCUUUAGUUUAGCCAAGUAUUAUUUUUCUUUAUAGAGUUUUCAUAUCAAAUUAAGAACUAGAAACAUAAUCAGAUUGUUAGAAGAAAAGACAGAAAUCAUAAAAAGCUUUAAAAAAAGAACUCGCAAAAUCAAUUGAAAAACAUAAUUCAUAUACCGAGUGAAGAGAUCACAUUAUUUUUGAUGCAACUCUAAUCCAUUUCACUUGAUUCUAUCGUGUUUAUAACAUUACCAAGAACUUUCAUAAGAAAGUACACGUUAUUGGUUAUAGACUACGUCGAUUUUUAACGUGUCCAACACUAUUGACACGACGCCCAACCAUUUUUAUUGGUGUUCUUAUAGUAUGGUACAAUAAUUAUGUAUUUAAAAUAAGCCUAACAUAUUAGUUUUACAUUGAUUUAUUUUCUUUAUAUUUAUAGAAGAAAAUAAGUCUGGGUAAAAUAUUUGGAUCUGAAGAACCGAACCGAACUUGAUUUGAAAGUACUACUAAACAUAAACUAAAACUGAUUAAGUACUCAAAUGAAUCUAAAAUUUUAAUACCAGAAUAACUAUACCCGAAUCCGAUCCAAACUGAAAUAUUUUGGAUACCAAAAAUAUCUAAAACACAAUUAUAUACUUAAAUAUAUUAGUUUUUUUAAAAAUUUAUAUUUAUUAGAUAUUCAUUAACAGGUAAAUAUCUAAAAUAACAAAAUAUGUUCAAAAUACUGAAAAUAUAUUUUUUCUCCAUCUAAAUAUUUAAAUUGAACUAUUUUUAUAUAAAUUUAAGUAUUUAGUCUUACAUUAUUCAAUUUUUAUGCUUAUAUUAUUUUUAUUUUUCGAAUUUUGAGGAUUAAGUAUAUUUGGAUUUUUGUUAAAAAAUUACACAAUUAAAAUAUGUAUGCGAACUCGAACCCGGACCGAAAUGAUUCGAACCAAAUUCAAUCUUAAUUCAAACCGAAAUUUGUAAAUAUCUAAUCAUAUUUAAAUUUCUAACUCUAAAAAUUAAAAUCCGAAUAAAUCAACUGAAUCCAACUGAUAUCUGAAUAUACAUCCUUGAAUAUUGUAAUACGAUAUCGUAAAUAAUCAAAUUAAUUAUUUUAUCACUGCGGGGACUAAUACCAAGGAAUAUCGUAAUAUGCAAUAUUGCGACUAAGUUUGAACUUUGUGAAGUUAGAGAAAUACUUUUCUUUCUGAACCAAAUGAAUAGACUUGAAUUAAAAAAAUGUGCGUAAAGUAAUUAAAGUCGAACCCUUCAACUAAUUCAUUGGCCUAUGAGUCAAACUUAAGACUUGUCCGUUGGAAAAUACGAAACGAUGAAGUUACCAAAAAGGUCAAAGUGAACACGAUCGUUCAUACAGUGGUCAAAUCAAAUUUAGGGUGUUAAUUGUAAAUUACAGUAACGUCGUCGCCCCAUUGGCCAUUAAAACGUAGCCAUCUGUUUAAUUUUGUAAUUUUCUGACAUUGGUCAGUGGGAAUAGAAACUGUGAAGAGGAAUGGAAUAGAAACUCGGAUUCUGAGAAUCGUUUUUAAAUUUUGUUAGUAUAAUCUUAAUUAGAAACCUGAAGGCAAUUAUGUUAGUGCGUACGACUAAAUUUAAUUUCGAAUCUUUUUGUAGUGGCAGCUGGCCUCGAUCGACCCUUGUUUCCUUUAUUAAUUAGAAGACUUCAAACGAAGCUACAAUAUUAGACUCCAGUGGUCUUUAAUAAUUUCUUGUCUUCAUUCAUAUAUAGUAAGUACUGCAUUCAAACACAAAUGACUACACACAAUUGAGGCAACGAAAAAUACAAAAAAUUCAUGCACAUCCUUGUCUGUCUAUGCUGCAUGCACACUGUGUACAGUACACGUUGUGUAUAUAUGCGUACAUGCUAUACCGAUCAUUCUUGAAGUAAUGAAAUGUAGAAAUACAGAUAGUAUACGUAUAUAUGUAGAAAUACGGAUGAUAUAUAGUAUAGUACGUUUUCAUUUUAUAUAUUUUCGUGUACUUGUCCUAGUGUUUAUAACCUUUUUCCCUGAGCUCAAUUUUAUUUUUUAAAUUGUCUUCUAAAGUAAAACGAAGCCUUCAAACAAAUUUUCUUGGGACAUUAAUUCAAAAAAAAAACUUUACUAUUAAAAAACUCAGCUGAAAUGGCGGCUGAUCCUUCGGGUUCAGACCCCUCGCAAGGAAGCAUAUAUUGAUUCCAACUUAAGAUAAACCACUUCACUUCUCUUCCACCUCUUUUAACCAGACUCAAUCUUUUUCCACUUAGGGUUUAUUUCUAAACUCCUUUUUAGGGGAAAUGGGAGAGAGAAACGUUGAUGGUGAUCAGAAAAUGGAGGAAGUAUUGUUGCCCGGAUUUAGGUUUCAUCCAACCGACGAAGAGCUUGUAAGCUUCUACCUGAAGCGGAAGGUUCAACACCAUCCUCUCUCCAUUGAACUCAUAAGACAACUCGAUAUCUACAAAUACGACCCCUGGGAUCUUCCAAGGUUUGCAAUGACGGGUGAAAAGGAAUGGUAUUUUUACUGUCCGAGGGACAGGAAGUAUAGGAAUAGCUCGAGGCCGAACCGAGUGACUGGAGCUGGUUUCUGGAAAGCCACGGGAACAGACAGGCCGAUAUACUCGUCGGAAGGAAACAAAUGCAUAGGUCUAAAGAAGUCACUGGUGUUCUACCAAGGAAGAGCUGCGAAAGGAGUUAAGACUGAUUGGAUGAUGCAUGAGUUUCGUUUGCCUUCUAUCUCGGAGCCAACUCCUUCUUCUAAGAGGUUCUUCGAUUCGCCUGUCUCUCCAAACGACUCGUGGGCUAUAUGCAGAAUCUUCAAAAAGUCAAACACAACGAGCCUAAAAGCUCUCUCUCACUCCUUUGUUUCCUCGUUACCAUCAGACACAAGCAUCGACACAAUGUCCAACCAAAAGCCAUCAAACACAUCACACUUUUCUUCAGACCUCAAAACUAGCUCUCACUUCCAGUUUCACCAUGAGAACACGAACAAAAUUCCCAAAACUAGUAGUAGUACAACUCCUCUUGCUGCCCCUAUAAGUCCAUUCUCUUACUUGGAUUUCACUUCCUACGAGCCCACCAACGAUUUCAAUCCGGUUUCAUGUUUAGACCAACAAUACCUCACAAAUCUCUUUCUUGCUCCACAAGAAAUACAAGCUCAGUUUCCAAGGCUCGCCUCGUCUAAUGAAUUCCCCUCGUUUCUCCUAAACAUGCCAUCAUCAUAUUCGAGCUUCUUGGGAGAAUGCAACGGCAAGAUCGACCUCAGUGCGGUGUUGACCCAAGAGCAGUGUCCUGAUCUUGUAAGCCUACCACAAGAGUAUCAAGAAAAGGGACUCGAAGGAAAUGGGGAAAUGAGGAACAUGCAUAGUUUCAAUGAAGAUCUUCAUAGUCACUGUGCCACACUCAGGUCUGGUGAUAUUGCUUCAACAGUUGAAGAGAAACAUCCUCACCAUUAUCAAGACGUGAAACAUAACAUGACAUUGUUGGAGAGUUAUUAUUCUUCUUUGUCAUCCGUUAAUGGAGAUUUGCCAGCUUGUUUCUCCACAACUUGAUGGAUUUGGAUAGAUUUUCAUGUCUUUGUCUUCUUGGUUUUGUUUUUGUAAGCCAGGUUGUUCCUCUUGUAGGCUUUCUCUUUCACUAAUGCAAGGAAAAAUCAUUUAUGCUUUGUUGACUGUUUGCACAAGGCAGUUUAGGCUAGCUUGACUUGAGUGAAGAUGACAUAGACUAAACAAACUUAAAUUAAAGAGAGAAACCAUUAAAAACAUUUUAGUUUUGAUUACAGUGCCAGAAAGAAAAUAUUUUCUAGAGCUGAUAAAGUCAGAAGUACCACCAUAAUAUACGAGAUUGUCACUGAAAUAUUCAAAAAAAGGUUUUUAGAAUAUAGUUAUAGAAUGAAGUUAAGAAAUUCAAGUGCGACUAAAAUUUCUAUUUCAUUUUUCAAUAUGUUAAGCUUGUCAAUAGGUUAUGUACACUCCAGUGAUCUAAUUUAUAUAUGUGAAACACUUUACAAAGACUAAGUAACUCAAAAUGUCAGCAGUAUUCACGAAAAUUUCACCAUUCCUUAUUUUGUGUGCUCAUAACUUCACUAGCUGUAUAGGAACGUUGGGUAGUAAAUUUCAUGAGUUGAUGAACUUAAUUUUGACCUGAUCGAACCUCAACAUUUCACCGUGUAAAAAUGUAUGUAAUCCAAGGCCAAAAACAAAGAGGAAGAAGAAAAAAAACAUAAAACGCUUAAGCUACACGAGAAUCAAAGUCCAGAGUACUAGAGAACCAGA